UAUCACGUCGCAUAUGCAACUGAUAGCAGUUUCCAGAUCAAUUGUCCGUGACAACUUUUCGUAUCACCCGUCCUUGCUGCUCUCAACAUGGCGACCUUAGGAGCUCCGAAAAGUAUCUCCCCAUUGAUUCGAUUUGGCAGAUAUGCUGCACUGAUAACAGGCGUCAUAUAUGGCAGCUCAAGACUCAAUCGAUUGACAGCCAAGGAGGUGGUGAUCCAGGAACAGGAGGACAAGCUCAGGGUUAUCCGGGAAGCCAAACUCAAGGAGGAGAAAAUCCAGGCUGAGAAAGUGGAGAUGGCCAUGUUAGCCAAGGAGGCGGGAAUAAAACAAAGCUAGUGACAUUAGACCUGUUGGAAGUGUUAGAUGUGUGAACUUAAAAUGAUUUCAUUGUUUUUGAGGUAUGAAUGUAUAUAGGAACUGAGAAUAAACAUUCUGAAAGAC